ACUUUUACCCUCUCAAAGAUGUUUCCACCUUGGAUUCAUCGGUGUUGUUGUGUUCUCUUCUGCAGAGCAGACAAGGAGGAGGAGAACCUACAAGUACAUAAGCAUUUCAGCAGCCUCUGCUCUCUCAUCUGCUGUUGCAAGCGAGGCCACCGAGUCGUCUCCUCUCCUCUCCUAACCAACCAGCCCAACCACCUCUCUUUUCCCGGCCGGCCUCCUCGCCGUCGCGACCAAACCGAUGGCAGCGCCCGGCCGCCUGCUGCUCCUGGCGGUCGCGGCCUCCCUCGCCGCCACCCUGCUGCUGCUGCGCCCGGCGAGCGCCCUGCAGGUGGGCGACACGUGCUCCGCCGACGCCGCCUGCGGCUCCGGCCUGCACUGCAGCGCCUGCGGCCCCGCCGGCGAUAAAAUCUGCACGCGCGCGGCGCCCAUCGACCCGGCCACCCACGGCACUGGCCUGCCCUUCAACAACUACUCCUGGCUCACCACCCACAACUCCUUCGCCCUCGCCGGCGCCGUCUCCGCCACCGGCGCGGCCAUCAUCUCGCCCACCAACCAGGAGGACACCGUCACCGCCCAGCUCAAGAAUGGUGUUAGGGGCUUGAUGCUUGACACUUACGACUUCAACAAUGAUGUCUGGCUCUGCCACUCAUUUGGUGGGAACUGCUACAACAUCACUGCCUUUCAACCAGCCAUCAAUGUCUUCAAAGAAAUCCAGACAUUCCUUGAUGCAAACCCAUCAGAAGUAAUCACGAUUUUCCUGGAAGACUACACCGCUACAGGGUCGUUGCCAAAAGUGUUCAAUGCUUCAGGCCUUAUGAAGUAUUGGUUUCCAGUGGCGAAAAUGCCAAAGAGCAGUGGCAACUGGCCUUUGCUCAAGGACAUGAUCAACCAGAACCAGCGCCUGGUAGUCUUCACAUCAAAGAAAUCCAAGGAAGCGAGCGAGGGGAUUGCAUACGAGUGGAACUAUGUGGUGGAAAACCAAUAUGGAAAUGAAGGUAUGGUAGCAGGCAAAUGCCCCAACCGUGCAGAGUCGCCGGCCAUGGAUUCCAAAAGCCAGUCGCUUGUUCUGAUGAACUUCUUCACAACCGACCCUAGCCAGACCGGUGUCUGUGGAAAUAACUCGGCGCCACUUGUUAGCAUGCUGAAAACUUGCCAUGCUGCUUCAGGCAAUCGGUGGCCCAACUACAUUGCUGUUGAUUUUUACAUGAGGAGCGACGGUGGAGGAGCUCCCCUAGCGACGGAUAUGGCAAACGGGCAUAUGGUAUGCGGAUGUGAGAACAUCGCCUAUUGCAAGGCCAAUUCGACAUUCGGGACCUGCGUGAUACCGCCGCCGCCACCACCCAGGGCACCCACGCCCGGCGGCAGAGGCUCAAGAGCCGGCGACGCGAGCUCGGCAAUGGGACUGGUGUCUCAUCAUCAAUGGAGCUUCUUCCUGGGACUGGUGUCUCUGCUUGUGUUGCUGCUCUGGUAAGAGCAGCACCAAUUCAUUGAAGCCUUGUGCUUCCGGCAACUUGAUUUGGUUUGCUUUGGUUUGUAACAUUUUUGCCUGAGCUGUAUAUUAUGUUUGAGUUAGUGAGCAGCGUAGAGAGAUCGACACGGAAAUCAAAUUGAAUCAUCAUUCGUUCCUUCAAUGGUGUUGUCAUCGUGGUUUUUAAAAUUAUAAACAUACAUUAUAUAUAUAUGCUGCAUCAGCGCUAGAACCAGCCCACCAGGUUGGUGGUGGUGGUGGUCCUUGGCUUGA